AUGCCAUCGAGUAAACUUGAUCCAUAUGCAGCACAAAUCAGUACCAAUAUUUUCAAGCUGACGAAUACAACACCAAUUCCAUUCGAAAUCACAUCAAUUUUUAGUUCAUUCGAUCAAGUAGCAUUACUUCGUUUUUUCGAACAACAUCAAACAUUAGGAGUUGAUAUUGCUCCAUUCGUAUUUGGUAUGCUAGUACAUGCAGCGGUAAUGCUUGAUGAAGUGGAACUUUACAAUCCUGACCAUACUGGCAGUAUUACAUCAAUGAAUUUAUUUAUUAAUUUAAUUGGUGAAUCUGGCACCAAUAAAUCUGGAUUAUUUCGAGUCUUUAACAACAGCAUCAAUGCGUUACAAAAGAUAUUUCCUUCAUUUUUUUCGAAGCCUGUUGUGGAGAUUACUAAUGAAAAAGAAAUAUUGACUACAAGUGAUUUAAUAGCAAACAAUGAGACCGAAUUAUCAUUAUUUCAACGACUCUCGAAACGAGAGAAUGUAUUUAUUUCAAGUGAUGAACUUGAUGUUAUUAAUACUCGAUUUGGAGUUUAUCAAGGUGGCUCAACGGACAAUGAUAUGAAAACAAUUGCUUCCAAACUUUUAUGUCAAGGUUAUGAUAUUAUGAAGAAUGUUUCUCGUACAACUGGAUCUUCAUCAUAUUUUAUUAAACGUGGCUCCAUCAAUAUUUUUGGAGCUUCAACAGGAAACAUGUUAUCAUCUGUAUGUCGACAAUAUAACAGUAAUACUACAUCUGAUGGUACCAUCAGUCGAUACUUAUUUAUCACAACAUCUGUUCACAAAACUUCAAAUGAUAUACCAUCCGAAAUUUUAUCUGUACAACCAAACAUCGUACAUGUUUUAGUUGUACUUCGUCUAUUGGCACAAUACAAGCCUAUUUUUGUAUUUGGUGAACAUCAAUCACCACCUAAUUUACCAAAAUUAAUUAUUGUUCCACCAGAUAUUGAAGAAGCAAGAAAAAAUAUUUCGAAUCCAAUUUCACCAACUGAACCAAUAUCAAACUUGAAGCCAAAAGUGAUUGUUAACAUUAAAGAAGCUGAUAAAGAACAAGAUGGAUCAAUCAUCUCUGCUUACAAUGCUAUUCGUCGUGUUAUGGAAGCUGAACAUCAAAAAUCUUUACAAUGUGAUGCCAAGGGAAGUCCAAUUUAUACACCUUUACAACGAGCAUUUCAACGAAAGAGUAGCAACAAAUUAGCUCGUUUAGCUGGAUUAUGUCAAGCAAUAUCAUAUGCCAUUCAGUUAUGUUCUGAAUGUGUUAAUAUCGUUCGAUUUGGUGAUGGUCUUUAUCUUAAAGAAUAUAUUGAUGAUGAACAAAUUAAUUGGUUAAUGAGAUUUCAUGAUAAUGUUAAAGUACUUAUUGAACGAGAUAUUGCAAUGGCUCCUAAAUAUGGAACUGAUCAACGUCCAUUAAUUGUUAUUGAAAAAGCAGCUGUACAUGCUUCAAACAUGUUAUAUCAAUAUAAUUCAUCUACAAUUUCGGCUCUUUUCGAUGGUACAGCAAUUGAUAAUUAUGAAACAACAAAAAAUAACAAUAACAUUUCGAUUAACAAUGGAUUAUCAAACAAUGUUUAUUAUGAACAUCAUUCAAUAUUGCUCAAAAUGACAUCACCAAUUCUUGUUAAAGCUUGGUUCAACAAUGAAAUUACUGGUCUUCCAUUCACCAAAAUAUUUUGCAAUUAUCGAAAAUCAAAAAGCAAAGUGUCAAAGCUUAUUGAAACUAUUGAUGAAUUAGUUCAACAUGGUAUUCUUAAAAAAGGUGUUAAUGAUAAUCGACACGUUGUUGCUGCACGAAAAGAAACAUAUUUAAAAACAUCACCAGUUACUAUUCGUGCUAAUAACCGAAUGCUUGAUUAUCUUCAAUCUAUUGGCAUCGACAUUGAUACUUAUGAACAUGCAUAUCUUUCAUCACCAUUACCAAUGAAUAUGGAAUUAACUACAUUUGCAGUUAAUUUAAUUUUAUCCGAUGAUGAUUAUAUUGAAUACUGUCAUUUAUUUAAUGAUGUUCAUAUACAAAAUGAAAUGGGAGAACGAUUAUCAAAACAGAUGGUCGAAUAUCGAAUGGUAUUUGGUCAAAAGCAAUAUUAUAUUCCAUCAUUAUCUCAAAUUGUCGAAGAAGAUAAUUUAAUUAUUGAAAACAGUCAACGUUAUGAUGGUGAUCAAACUCCAACUAAUAAUAAUGAUAACAAUGAUGAUAAUAGUGGUGAUAAUCAAAGUGAUAAUAAUGAUAAUGCAUUAUCAACUUUACUUUUUGUAUCACAUCGAUCAAUUACUAAUCCAUCACCAAACACCAUAUCAUCACGUUCUGCAAAUUCAUCUCUUUUUACUGAAUUGUUGAAUAUGAAUAAUAAUAAUGAAUCACAAAACAACAAUGUUACCGAUCAAAUAACUGAAUCUAAUAAUCGUCUUCAAAAUGAAAUUUUACCAUCAGUUGAUGAUAUUACAUACCAAAUGACCAAUAUGCUUGAUUAUGAUGCAAUAAAUGUUGAACAAUUAGAUUCAACAACGAACACCAACAACAAUAAUCUUGACAAUCCAACUUCGUCUUAUCGAAACGAAUCAACAACAAAUAACCAUGAACAAAAUCAAAAUCGAUCAGUAUUGGCCAAUAUUGAAUUAUUAUAUGGUAAUAAUAAUAACAACAACGUUAUUUUACCUACUGAAUCAACAUCCAAUGAUACAGCUACGGUUGUAGAAAAUAUGAGCUCUCAACAAACGUUGGAAUUAAUUUCCAGUUUGCUUCAAAAUAAGAAACAUUUAUUAAAACGAAUUAUGGCCGAAGAAAAUAAUGAUAUUAGUCCAAAGCGAUCAAGAAAUAAUGAAAAUGAAGAAAUAACAUUACCAAUUGUCGAUAUGAAUUUAAGUGGAUCACUUUCAUCAACAUCUGCUCAAACACAAUCGAACAAUACCACCGAUGAUAGUCAAAUUACUGAUAAAGAUCUUCAAGAAGCUUACCAAAAAAUUAUCUUAAACGAUGUUAUUAUUAUGUCACAAUCAGAUAUUUGCAACAAACUGAAACAUAUCAAAAACAUAUCAAAAUCACGUGAUAAUAUCAUUUCAAAAUUAGUUACCGAUAAAUUGUUAAUUAAAGGUAAUUGGUUUGCAUCGAAAAAAGUGAAUGGGAAUAUUGAUCUUCUACCAGGAUUUUUAAAAGCAUUUCCGAAAAAUAAUCUGCAAGAUCAACUUGAUUUUGCUCGUUUACUAGCAAAAUAUAAUGUACACUUUGAUCAGUACGAGGGAUCAUUUAAAAAAAACAACAUCGAUACAUUUCCUCGCACACUUAUUGCUGCUGAUGUCAAACAUAAAACAUGGUUAUAUUCAAAUGUAUUAUCUGAUUAUAUUCGAAAAAAUGAUUUUCUUAAUGAACGAAUAUUACUUGAUCCAUCAGCAAUUGCUCAAGAAAAUAAUAGUCCACCUAUGCAUACAAAACGUGAUCGGAAACCAAAACAACGUUUUUCACCAUCCGACAACAAAAAAUGA